AUGUGCUGGCUGAGGGCAUGGAGCCAGAUCCUCCUGCCAAUCUUCCUCUCCCUGGUUUUCAUUCAACUGUUUGUCAGCUUUUCUGACAAUAAGAUUACCAAAAUUCACCAUCACAAGAAACAGCAGAUAGAAGCAAAAUCUCUUGAGGAGGAAUGUGCUCAAAAGACAACUUGUCCAUCAUGCACCCAAGAUAAGAGAUGUAUUUGGUGCAGAGAAGAAGGUAUUUGCAAAAAAUAUUGUUUUCCAUAUGCCAAUUGUCAAUUCAAUUCUAUAUUUUGGGCAAACUGCAGAGUUGACCUGUUUGGAAUCGUGAUGCUGAUACUGGUCGCAGUAAUACUAGUAGGAUUCCUGUGGUAUUGCAUCGCCUUCUACUUUUACAUGCGGGAGGCCAUUUAUUAUCCAAGAGGUGGACAAUUUCCUGUUUACAAUUGGAGUGCUGCUGGCAAGUGCUUUCACUUAUUUGAUAGAUGCCCUAGGUUCUUUCAGGGACGGACAGUGGGAAUUCAAACCUUACUUAUCACAGAUAUCAGAAUUCAAGUACAAGGCAUCCCACGACCUUCCCACACCCGGUCCCGGACUCCGCGCAACCGAAUCCGCACGCUUUCUGAGCGCGUCGUGGCAAGGCGGAGUCCGAGGCACCCGGUGGGCUCCGCCGGGGGCGUCCGGAGAGCCUGGGGCGCAGCUCUAGCCCUGCCCUGCGCAGCCCGCGGGCCGCGUUCCUGGAGCGCGCGGGCGCGGCUGGCGGAGCGCGGGCGGCCGGGAGGGGGCGCCGCCCGCGCGUCCCGCCGCGGCCCAGGCCCAAGCCCCUCGGCCGCCCGAGCGCAGCGCGUCGCGGGCCGGGAGGAGGCGGAGGAGCAGGACUAG